CGCCCCUCCGCGCUCAAGCCGCGUCCCCAGCUCCGAGGGCGGCUGGCCGGGUCGCGGUCGCGGUUCCUUCCAGCUCCUGGCAGCCGGGCACCCGAAGGAACCGGUCGUUCAACGACACAGCUGGACCUGGCCCAGCCAUGGACCGAAAAGUGGCCCGAGAAUUCCGGCAUAAGGUGGAUUUUCUGAUUGAAAAUGAUGCAGAGAAGGACUAUCUCUAUGAUGUGCUGCGAAUGUACCACCAGACCAUGGACGUGGCCGUGCUCGUGGGAGACCUGAAGCUGGUCAUCAAUGAACCUAGCCGCCUGCCUCUGUUUGAUGCCAUUCGGCCCCUGAUCCCACUGAAGCACCAGGUGGAAUAUGAUCAGCUGACCCCCCGGCGCUCCAGGAAGCUGAAGGAGGUGCGUCUGGACCGUCUGCACCCCGAAGGCCUCGGCUUGAGCGUGCGUGGUGGCCUGGAGUUUGGCUGUGGGCUCUUCAUCUCCCACCUCAUCAAAGGCGGUCAGGCAGACAGUGUCGGGCUCCAGGUAGGGGACGAGAUCGUCCGGAUCAAUGGAUAUUCCAUCUCCUCCUGUACCCAUGAGGAGAUCAUCAACCUCAUCCGAACCAAGAAAACUGUGUCCAUCAAAGUGAGACACAUUGGCCUGAUCCCCGUGAAGAGCUCUCCUGAUGAGCCCCUCAAGUGGCAGUAUGUGGAUCAGUUUGUGUCAGAAUCUGGGGGGGGGCGAGGCAGCCUGGGCUCUCCCGGAAAUCGGGAAAACAAGGAGAAGAAGGUCUUCAUCAGCCUGGUGGGCUCCCGGGGCCUUGGCUGCAGCAUUUCCAGCGGCCCCAUCCAGAAGCCUGGCAUCUUCAUCAGCCACGUGAAACCUGGCUCCCUGUCUGCUGAGGUGGGAUUGGAGACAGGGGACCAGAUUGUCGAAGUGAAUGGCAUCGACUUCUCUAACCUGGACCACAAGGAGGCUGUGAACGUGCUGAAGAGUAGCCGCAGCCUGACCAUCUCCAUCGUAGCUGGAGCUGGCCGGGAGCUGUUCAUGACAGACCGGGAGCGGCUGGCAGAGGCGCGGCAGCGUGAGCUGCAGCGGCAGGAGCUCCUCAUGCAGAAGCGGCUGGCGAUGGAGUCCAACAAGAUCCUCCAGGAGCAGCAGGAGAUGGAGCGGCAAAGGAGAAAAGAAAUUGCCCAGAAGGCAGCAGAGGAAAAUGAGAGAUACCGGAAGGAGAUGGAACAGAUUGUGGAGGAGGAAGAGAAGUUUAAGAAGCAAUGGGAAGAAGACUGGGGCUCAAAGGAACAGCUACUCUUGCCUAAAACCAUCACUGCUGAGGUGCACCCAGUACCCCUUCGCAAGCCAAAGUAUCAGGGAGUGGAGCCUGAGCUCGAGCCCACAGAUGACCCGGAUGGAGGCACGGAGGAGCAGGGAGAGCAGAAAGGAAAAGAUAAGAAGAAAGCCAAGUAUGACAGCCUGCAGGACUUGAGAAAGAAUAAGAAAGAACUGGAGUUUGAGCAAAAGCUUUACAAAGAGAAAGAGGAAAUGCUGGAGAAGGAAAAGCAGCUAAAGAUCAACCGGCUGGCCCAGGAGGUGUCUGAGACAGAGCGGGAAGACCUUGAAGAAUCGGAAAAGAUUCAAUAUUGGGUGGAGAGGCUCUGUCAAACGCGCCUCGAGCAGAUUUCAUCUGCUGAUAAUGAGAUUUCAGAGAUGACCACAGGGCCCCCACCUCCUCUGCCUUCUGUGUCUCCCCUGGCCCCACCCUUGAGACGCUUCGCAGGCGGACUGCACCUGCACACCACUGACCUGGACGACAUCCCUUUGGACAUGUUCUAUUAUCCCCCCAAGACUUCCUCUGCCUUGCCUGUGAUGCCCCACCCUCCACCCUCCAACCCACCCCACAAGAUCCCAGCGCCCCCUGUCCUUCCCUCAUCUGGCCAUGUGAGUGCCUCGUCUUCCCCAUGGGUGCAGCGCACUCCACCCCCCAUUCCCAUCCCUCCCCCUCCAUCCAUUCCCACCCAAGACCUCACUCCCACCCGCCCACUGCCCUCGGCACUGGAAGAAGCAUUGGGCAACCACCCCUUCCGCACUGGGGACACAGGCAAUCCAGUGGAGGACUGGGAGGCAAAGAACCACAGUGGGAAGCCCACCAACUCCCCUGUCCCUGAACGGAGCUUCCCACCCACCCCAAAGGAAUGUCCCCUCCGUGUGCAUGUGUGGACAUCCUGCAUGUAUAUGGUUCCCACUGAUUUUGAAGUGCUGUAUUGUAUGAUGAAUGACCUGGGACCUUUGGGGUAAGCAACAGUGUGUCCAUUUGAUAUUCAUUGCUCUCUCUUGGCUCUUCUUUGCUAGUGUAGGCUGGUAACUUUCAAUGCAGGACUUGGAAGGCUAUGUUAAUGAAUAGCCAGCACUCCGUCACAUCCAGUCAUUUCCUGAUAGUAUCCCAGAAAGCCUUGAAUAUGGGAAAUGACUCCUGAUCUAGCAGGAGAAAAGGGAGGGGAGGAGGAAGCAGGGCACGGGUAACGCUGUACCAUCAAAUGCAGUGUUAGGACACUCUAGUGCCGUUUUCUACGGUACUGGCCAACUGCACUGCUUGAAGUGUAACACCCAGAAAUUUCUGGCCAAUUUCCCGCUAUAGAAAAAAUGAAGAGAGAGUUCCUAGAAAUAAUUUACUAUUAAAAGAAUAGGAAUGUUUUUCUUGGAUGUUAGGAAGAUGAACAGUGUCUUUCUGAAAAAGACAUAUUUCUUAUUAAUUAUUCGUAAUCCAAAGACUAUUUUGAAACAUGCAAUCUCUGAGGAAGACACGGAGCUUGGAUCCCAUGAAGGGAAAAGCAAAAUAUUAUUCCGCUCCCGUAGCCAUGAGGCCAGGCUUGAGUCAGUGCAAAAGCAUCUCAUGUCAGCUGACGGUAGCAGGGUUGCUGAGGGAGGGCAUAGUCAAUAGCACCUGACCAGUGGUUUGUAUUAACCGUCCCUGCAUGGAUUUGAGUUCCUGCAUGGAGAAUGGGACAAGUAUCUCAGAGCACUCAGGAGAGCUUACAAGGAAGGUGGGAGUGAAGAAAGUGCCAGAUGCCAGCAAGGCUGCAGCUUCCAGCGGGAGACUCUCAGAGGGACCCUUUCCGGACCUCUGGUUGGGAUUGUGAGCCCUGCAGCUUUGAUAGGAAGAAAUCUGCCUGUUCUGGGGACAUCUUCCCCCAGAGCCCAGCCAGGAGCUGGUUUCUAGGGCUGAGUUAGCCUUGCACAUUUUUCUCUGUAAGUGGCCUCCAUCAAGAUGAGCAGGCUUUUCCUCAACAAAUUUGAUUCCACAUUGAUUAAGUACCUGCCUGGGGCCUCUCUCUGUGAGGGGAAGAGGGGAGCAGUGCUGAAGAGGAUAUGGAGGAGAUUGACAUGCCUGUGCUUUCCAGGACUUUGCCAUCUGAAGGAUGAGCUGCUGCCCAGGCAAGCUUCUGCUAUAAAAUAUGCAAAAGCCAUGCGCUAUGGGAGGGAUUCAUUCUAACUGAAGGUUGAAGACACCUCUGUGGAGUAGAGGGCUUACGAGCUGAGCCUUGAGGGGUGGCAACAUGUGGAGGAUGGGAGCAAGGGCAUUGUAAGUGCAGGGAACAUAAAUAUGGCAAGUUGGAGUAGCAGGGAGUCGGACUGCCUGGGUUUGAAUCCUGGCUCUGCCACUUACUAGCUAGAUGACUUUGAACACAUGCUACUUCAUCUAUCUGAGCCUGGGCAUCCCUGUCCAAAAAUAGGAAUGUUAACGGCAGCUACCUAUUCGAAUCAAAUAAGUUAAUAUAUGAACACAUUCUAAGUUAAGAAUGGCAAGAGAGGCAGGCACAUCGUGCAUGUUCAGUAGACAUUAACUAUGGUUAUUGAUAGUCCAGAGUACAAGAAAAUUUGGGUGAAGCUACAAACCUGGGAUCUUAGCAAUCUCAGUUAGUCUCAGCAAAACUUUGAGUCAGGGUCAAGAUUCAAGACGGAGUUCAGAUUUCUCAGCUUCUUCAAGGCAUCACGAAGUUCCCACUGUUAGUUCCUGAUCAGAGCCCAGGGAAGGCAAAAAGCCCCCAACAUAAGGAGCCUCUGAAGAACUGGACCGUAAAUGUCGUAAGCGACAUCAAAGCCAGGGUUGUCCCAGCCUCAAAGGCCAGGGGGUUGUUGUUUGGUUGGCUUCAUCUGGCCCACCUCUCACCCUUGUACCACCCACCCUCUUCCUCCCUGCAUGCCCCUGGCAAGGUGUCAUCAGUGCUGCAGCAGGAAGUGUGAGUGACCACACGCCCACACAGUCGGCCCAGCCACCAGCAGGCCCCAAGUCAUGGAAACAAAUGCCUGUGUUGGCUUGACACUUGUGCCUGCCACACCAGCACCUGCCAUAGGGGGGUUUUCAGGGCCAGAUCUGUCCACAGGCACUGUCCCAUGUGCUCACCAUACUAUUUAAUCAUUCAUUUAUUCAUUCAACACAUGCUUAUUGAGCACCUACUAUAUGCCAAGGCACUAUGCAGGGCACUGGGAGCCCCUGCUAGAUAGACAGUUGCAGUCUCCCUUCUCAAGACAGUCUGGUGGGAAACAAAGAAAAGUAGGCACCCGCUACACCAUCAGGGUGGAGAUGGAGGAAGCACAGGUGCUAUAAUAAGGAAGAGGGGUGGAGGAGAGGAAAG